AUGACAGGAGGCAGCAACAAGCCUCCGUACCCGGCAGCAUAUAAACAGCUGCUGGAGGAGGAGGAGACAGAGGAGGACAGAGGAGGACGGAGGAGACGGAGGAGACGGACGGAGGAGACGGAGGGAGACGGGUCCUUUAGGAGGAGACAGAGGAGACAGAGGGAAACGGAGGAGACGGACGGAGGAGACAGGUCCUUUAGGAGGAGACAGAGGAGACAGAGGGAAACGGAGGAGACGGACGGAGGAGACAGGUCCUUUAGUAGGAGACAGAGGAGACAGAGGAAGACGGAGGAGACGGACGGAGGAGACGGAGGAAGAGACGGGUCCUUUAGGAGGAGACGGGUCCUUAAGGAGGAGACGGGUCCUUUAGGAGGUGCCAUGGAACUGAUGACGGAUAACCCCAACGCCUCCGUGUGGCUCCGCCCCUGUAACCCCGGCAACGCCUCCCGGGAGACCCCGCCCCCGUCCUACCCCGCGGCCCGGCUGGUCCUCAUCGCCGUGGCAACGGGCUCCCUCAGCGCCGUCACGGUGCUAGGCAACGCGCUGGUCAUCCUGUCCGUCCGGGUGAACCGGCGCCUGCGCACCGUCAACAACUACUUCCUGCUGAGCCUGGCGGCGGCCGACCUGCUGGUGGGCGCCGUGUCCGUCAACGUGUACGCGCUGUACGUGCUGCGCGGCCGCUGGCCGCUCGGCGCCGCGCUCUGCGACCUGUGGCUGGUCCUGGACUACGUGGCGAGCGCGGCGUCCGUGCUGCACCUGCUCGCCAUCUGCCUGGACCGCUACCUGUGCCUGACGCGGCCGCUGAGCUACCCGGCGCGGCGGACGCGCGGCGCGGCGGCCGCGGUGAUCGGCGGCGCGUGGCUGCUGGCGGCGGCGCUCUGGGCGCCCGCCAUCCUGAUCUGGCAGACCCGCGGCGGCCGGCGCGCGGUGCCGGACGGAGAGUGCCACGCCCACCUCCUCGCCAGCCCGGCCGUCACCUUGGCGACCACGCUGCCGUCCUUCUACCUGCCGGCGGCCGUCAUGCUCGGCCUGUACUGCCGCCUCUCCGCCGCCAGCGGCCGCCGGCUGAGCGCGCUCCGGGCCGCGCGGGGGGGGCGGAGUCCGUCCGCGAGAGACUUCCUGUUGAAACGACGCAGCUGGGUGACCUCUGACCCCGGGUCCUCGGACCUGCCGCUCGACCAAGAAUCCGGCACUCCAAAGCCCAGAGGGAACCGGAAAGCCCCCCCCCAGACCGCCGUGUCCGCCCGCCACGCCGUGGACCAAGACGACAACAAGACGGAGACGGAGUCCUCGUCCCCCGACGCCGACCUGCACCGCUCGGCGUCGGCGGCGUUCGGCGGCCUCCGUCUCCAGGGGCGACGGCGGCACCGCGCGAUGGCGAGGGAGCGCCGCGUCACCCGCACCGUGCUCGCCAUCCUGCUGGCCUUCAUCGUCACCUGGACGCCGUACAACGUGAUGGCGGUGGCGGCGGCGUUCUGCCACGUGUGCGUCCCCCCCGAGCUGUGGGGCGCCGGGUACUGGCUCUGCUACGUCAACAGCGCCCUGAACCCCGCCUGCUACGCCCUCUGCAGCGCCGCCUUCAGGAAGACCUUCUGCACACUGAUGCGCUGCCGCGGCAACGAGCUGAGAUGUCAUGGCAACGAGCUGAGGUGACGCGGCAAC